GGAACAACGUCGUUAACGAUCGUCUGUGUCUCUGUAUAAUUCUGGGCGAGCUCCCAUCUUUAUUUCUUCCACUCUUUCACGGGUAUAUGCUGUACUCAGAGCUGUUUCUGAGAGCUCAUCCAAAUCAUGUUCACUGCUCGCGCUGCAGUUUGACGCUCGCCCAGUUCGCUCACAAGUGAACUGGCAGAAGUCGGUGCUUUUCAACUUCAGGCCUCAUCUGCCUAUAAAGUGUAAACUUCUACUCAGAAUUUCUCACUAUCGGAAGUGAAGGAAAUACUUUUGUAUCGUCAACUGGCCCACUGGAAAGUCGGCCAUCAACAAAAGUUUGACCAAAAUGCGCCGGUUAUCAAAUGGAAGGGAUUGUUUUCUAGCAAAUGUAAUACACUCUGUUGUUGUUGUAUUGUGGUUAGUGCUUGUUUUGACGGACAGCGUGGUUUCGGGGUUGUACACUAACCAGUUAGCCGUGCACGUCGAAGGGGGACCAGAGGUGGCCCAUCGGAUAGCUAAACGACAUGGCUUUAUAAAUCUAGGACAGAUUGGUGCUUUAGAAGAUCAUUAUUUAUUUGAACAUCCGCAUAUUGUGAAGAGAUCUGCAUCUAUAAGUCACAAACACCAUGAAAAGCUAAACAGAGAACCAGAGGUGAGAUGGUUGGAACAGCAAGCAGUUUUAUCACGAAAAAAGCGAGGUUUUACCGAAGCGCCUUACACAAUGGUGGAUCCUAACUGGGGAGAUCAGUGGUACUUGCAUCGGGAACAACACAUGGACAUGAAUGUGAUCCCGGCUUGGCAGAAAGGCUACACGGGAAAAGGUGUGGUGAUAACCAUACUGGACGACGGCAUCGAGAGAAACCACUCAGACCUGAUGGAAAACUAUGAUCCGCAGGCCAGUUAUGACAUCAAUGCCAGAGACUCUGACCCGAUGCCUCGUUACGAUCCAACUAAUGAGAAUAGACAUGGCACCCGCUGUGCUGGGGAAGUGUCUGCAUCAGCAAACAACAGUGUCUGUGGAGUGGGCGUUGCCUUCAAGUCUAAUAUAGGAGGCGUGCGUAUGUUGGAUGGGGAUGUAACAGACGCUGUAGAGGCAGCCUCUCUAAGCCUUAACCCUCAACAUAUCCACAUCUACUCGGCUAGCUGGGGCCCAGAUGAUGAUGGGAGGGUGGUGGAUGGGCCGGGGCGGCUUGCUAAACAAGCCUUCAUUAACGGCAUCACCAAGGGCCGGAAUGGUUUAGGGUCUAUCUUCGUGUGGGCCUCCGGGAAUGGAGGGAAUUCCCACGACUCCUGUAACUGUGACGGCUACACUAACAGCGUGUUUACGUUGUCGGUGAGCAGUACGUCCGAAUUUGGCACUAAGCCCUGGUACCUGGAGGAGUGCUCCUCUACACUGGCCACUACCUACAGCAGCGGCGGCUACCGCGAAAGACAGAUUGUAACCACAGAUUUACAUAACUUGUGCACAAAGACGCACACCGGCACGUCUGCUGCUGCUCCGCUGGCUGCUGGGAUAGUUGCCCUUGUUUUGGAAGCCAACCCUAAGCUGACAUGGAGGGAUGUACAAUAUAUCACGAUGUUGACUGCGCGCACAGAUGUGUUCAAAGAUGCAGAGUGGAGCGUCAACAGUCUGGGCAGAAAAGUGAGCCUGAAAUAUGGCUAUGGCCUAAUGGACACCUCUGCCAUGGUGAACCUGGCAGAGACCUGGAAUAAUGUCCCUGAACAACAUACCUGUGAAAAAGUCGCCAAUACCACUGAUGUGCCUUUAACUGGUUCCCCAUACUCCACGACCAUCGAGGCAGAUGGAUGUGAUGGUCAACCAAACGUCAUCAAAUUCCUGGAGCACGUGCAGAUUAAUGUCACGCUGUCGUACAGUCGCCGUGGUGACAUCUCUCUGCACUUGACCUCGCCACAAGGCACAACAUCUACGCUGUUGCCCAAGCGUCGGAAUGAUCGCAAUAUCGGAAAGUUUGACAACUGGCCGUUCAUGUCUGUGCACUUUUGGGGAGAAGACCCAACGGGCACCUGGAAGCUUGAAGUCAGGAAUGAAGGCAUACUCUCUAACCAUGGUAUGCUGAGCUCUUGGUCCCUCAGGCUGCACGGCACUGCCACAGAUCCGCUGUCUGAGAGCCCCAUCAAGGUCUUAGUCACCACACCCAGGAAAGAGGCUACAACUACAACAGCUCCUAUCAUUACCUGUCACUCCGAAUGUGUGGAGACAUGCAAUGGGCCCAAAGCCGAGGACUGUGAUAGCUGUAAACACUACAGGGUAGAGACCAGCGGCCCGUGUGUGAGCUCCUGCCCAGCCAAGCACUAUGCUAUAGAGUCAAACAAGACCUGUCACAAGUGUGACCCUACCUGUCAAACAUGUGACGGCCCCGAGGUGACACAGUGCCAGAGCUGUUUUGGGGGGUGGUUCCUGAUGACUGAGAACAACACCUGUGUCAUGGAAUGUGCUGAGGGUUACUUUGAGGAGGACCCCUCGGGCCGCUGCUCAAACUGUGACCCCACAUGUCGUACCUGUCAGGGCACUGCCAACACUUGCACCAGCUGUUACGAGGGACACAUCCUGAAGAACGGUGCAUGUGUAGUCAACACUGGGUGCCAGGACAAUGAGUUCAAGAACCAGCGAGGAGUUUGUGAGGCAUGUCAUAUUGUCUGUGGCACCUGUACAGGCCCUUUGCUGACUGACUGCAUCUCCUGUGUGACUGAUGACUCGUUAACCACCUACCUGCAGGAGAACACCUGUGUCACAGAGUGUAGCGAGCAUUAUUACCUGUCUCACCCUAACAGUGUUCAUUCAGGCUCCUGCAUUAGGUGUCACCAGAGCUGUAAGAGCUGUAAGGGUCCAGGGUUGGAGGACUGCAGCUCCUGUGAGAAUGGACUCUCAUUGGUCAGUGGCCAAUGCACAACAUCAACGCCUAAACCAUGUCCACUUGGCCAGCAUGCCGUUGCGGGUCAGUGUUUGAAUUGUCACGCGAGCUGUCAGAGCUGUAGUGGUUCGGAACACACUGACUGUUUAAGCUGUCCCCAGGGCAGCCACUGGCAGUCUGGGGAGUGUGUAAGUUCUUGUGCACCGGGCACGUACCCGACAUAUACUACUAGUCCAAAUGGUGUGAAGGUGCUAUCCAAGUGUUUAGAGUGCCACGAGACCUGUGCUAGCUGCACUGGAGGCACUGAGGCCGAGUGCAUCACCUGUCGCCCCCCGCUGCAGGCGCAGAAUGGACUCUGCAAGAGCGCAAUCUGUCAGAAAUCAGAAUACAUAGACCUGGACCAACAUUCGUGUCAACAAUGUCACCCCUCCUGUGACAGUUGUAAGGGGCCUGGCCCCACGCAGUGUCUCUCGUGUAGCUUCUCCUACCUCCUGGACGGCAGCUGUCAACCUAUCUGCCCUCUUCGCUUCUACCCAUCCUCAGACAACACCUGCCUGCCUUGUCAUGACACAUGCAAAUCAUGUACAGGCCCCAGUACUGGCGAGUGUCGAGAAUGUAUAGAGGGCUACAGAAAAGAGAGCUCUGGCUGUGUCCAGUCAUGUGACCUGAAACAGUUCUUUGAUCCGACAUCAGGGAAAUGCCAGGCAUGUUUCUCUGACUGUGCCAGUUGCUCAGGGCCUAAGCCUAAUGAGUGCCUCUCCUGUUCUGGCUCUCUGUUAUAUGAGGCCCAUUCAAGUCGCUGCCUUCCUUGCUGUACAAACAGUAAACAGGCUCCCUGCUGCUCCUGCAGGUCAGACCUGAAUCCAUGGGAUAACAAAGUUGAGUGUGUCCUCAGCGACUCCAGUAAGUCACAUCGCCGGCCUGAAGAAGUUGUGUCGCAGAAGGUAGAGCAACAAAUAGAGACUGGAUAUCUCGGUGUUAUUCUGGCACUCUGUUUUAUCCCUGUUGUCUUCUCGUGUUUCGUCUUCAUUGUCCUUCAGCUGCGCUCCAAUAACAAGCUCUGCUGGCGCCACCGAUAUGCCAAGGUACCCCUGACCUUUGACCCUGUAUCAGAGAAGCUGACGUAUCUAGGUGACGAAGAGAACGGUGAGGAUGAAGAGCUGUUUAAUGGUCGACCCACUGACCCCAACCACAAUAUGCGGACACAACGGGACCAAUACUAGGGCCCCCAACUACAGAAUACAGACACAAGGGGGAACAAUACAAGGACCCCAGUCACAAUAUGCCGACAUAGUGGGGGCUAGUACUAGGACCCCAACAAUUUACCAUCACAAGUGAACAGAAAACAAAGAAAGGGUUAUCACUUUCUAUUCAUCACAAACAAAAAAAAAAAAUUAACAAAAAUACACAAACAACUUUUCAUGCACUCUUUCGUGAAUUUCUUGACUACAAAAAUUAUUUUAAUUAAUGUCUGCUGGUAGGUCUUACCACUGUAAGUGGAGAAUGAUUCCACUUGUAGAAAACAAACCCUGGAGAAUCAGUGUCUGUUAUCUCUCAUUCCACACACCUGUUAUUAAAAUGUGGCUUUUCCACACACCUAUUAUUAAAAUUUGGUUGGAUUAUAGAGAUACUCCAACACCUCUACCUCUACACCAAGAGCCUAUUGACACUCAACCAAGUCAGCUAGAAUUUUAAGUUAUGCCCUCAUUUAAAAUCUACAGCCUCAAUGUACAUUCAUGGUGUUCAUAAUGGGAACUGUACUGCCCUUGUUGUAAAGGGUGUUUUUUGUAUUCAGUGAACUUAUUUGGUUAAAUUUGGCCAUGGAACAACAUAUAUAUACACAGAAAAAAUGCUUUUUAAACAAAAUUAUGUGAGAAGAAUUCUAAGAUGUACUGAGCGCAGACGGUACAGUGUUCAUAUCAUAAGUCUGCCUGGUGCUAUUUUCUAAUGGCUUUCAUAGAGUUGGGUACAAACUGAGGUCAAUAUUAACCAGCCCUUAUAAAUAAAGGUUGGGCCACGCAAAACUGUAAAUUGUAUAGAUGAGUCAGAUGACUUUUCUCAUGAACAAGCAGUUUCACAUUUUUUUUUUUUGCUUUACCCAUUUAGCAAAGAUUAACAAAGCUCCUAGUGACUGUUGUUCAGAUGUAUAUUAAAAGCUGAAUACAAGUCUGAGACUUCAGUACAGGCUAAAAUUAAUACAGACGAUUGUUUCCCACAGCCAUUUUGUUGUCCAAAACUUAAAUCUUUAUA